CGAGAAAAAAUCUAGUGCUCCUCCACACACCAUAUCAAUUCUCUCUCUAGCACUUCCCGCCCUGCGCUCCGUCUGAUCGCCGGCCAUUCUCCGCUGUUACAGCGUCGCCAGAAGUUUCAUCGGAUUUCGACUAAUAUCAGCUGCUCCUUAGGUCUUCCGGCCAAAGGGUGUGACUAUUUGCGGAACAAUUGCAGACAAUGUUCAUUUUCGCACUCAUUUGCGUGGAUAUAGCUAGGAGCGUGCAUCAAUGGCUUUAUCCGUGCACGGAGGGGACUUAAUUUAUUUCGAAUUUGGAAACUAUCAUUUUCACACCUGGUAGACCAAAGGGAAAAGUGGAAUCACUAAACAUUUUCUCUGCCGGAAGUAUAAGGGGCAAACCAAAAUGAACAAGGGUUUUUGGAUGCCAAAGGGUGCUGGACACUUAUCUGAUGGGGAUACAACAUUUGACAACCCUUCCAGGAUUGAACCAAAGCGGUCUCAUCAAUGGUUUGCAGAUGUUGCUGAACCAGGCUUGUUUCCCAACAAAAAGCAAGCAGUACAUUCCACAAGCAGCAAAUCAACUUCCGGAAUUUUGAAUGCACAUGGUUCUCCAUGGGAGAACACUUCUGGUUUUCAUUCAGUUCCAAACCAAUUCAUUGACCGGUUAUUUGGACCUGAGACAGCUAGGCCUGUCAAUUUCACGGAAAGGAAUAUCUCUCCUGUUGGAACAGAUGGCUCAAGAAGCAGGGACAUUGAUGAGCAAUUUGGAAAUGAUUCAUCUGUUGGUUUGUCUAUAUCUAAUGCUAUUGAAGACCCUGAAACAUGUCUCAGCUAUGGUGGAAUUAGAAAAGUUAAAGUCAAUCAGGUUAGGGAAUCUGAUAGUAGUGAGAAUGCAUCAAAGGGACAUAGCUAUGAUAGGGAAAUUGACAGUAAUAUACCCACAGGUCAGGACUAUGACAGGGGGAGUGAUACCAGUUUUAUGUCAAUAGGGGCAGCCUACUAUAAGGAGGAUGAGAAUGACAAGUUAAUGGGUCACACCUACAACACUGGAGACCAUAAUAUACCAAUGGGUCACCCUUAUAAUAAGGGGGAUGCCAAUACCAUAUCUUUUGGUAGCUAUCAUGAUGAACCUGAUAAUAUCCCCUUUGCCAGGCCCAUAAGCAGCUAUGGCUUGUAUCAGUCUUCAGUUCAAAUAUCAGACACAGAGAGUGAAAGAGAGUUGGAUGCAUCAAAUGCUAAUGGAACUUUAAGUUCUGCUCAGUUAGCUAAAUUAAGACCUGAGUCUGCUUCCAAAAAUAAAUCAGAAUUUAAGAUGUCUAAGAAAGAAGCUCCAAACAGCUUCCCAUCAAACGUCAGAACCUUGAUAUCAACUGGUAUGCUUGAUGGGGUGCCUGUGAAGUAUGUCUCCUUGUCACGAGAGGAGCUUCGUGGAAUCAUAAAAGGCUCUGGCUAUCUUUGUGGGUGUCAGUCAUGUAAUUUUAACAAGGUACUCAAUGCUUAUGAAUUUGAGCGUCAUGCUGGUUGCAAAACAAAACACCCAAAUAAUCACAUAUACUUUGAGAAUGGGAAGACUAUUUAUCAGAUUGUCCAAGAAUUAAGGAGCACCCCUGAGAGCUUGUUAUUCGAUGCCAUUCAAACAGUGACUGGAUCUCCGAUUAAUCAGAAGUCCUUCCGCAUUUGGAAAGAAUCAUUUCAAGCAGCUACACGGGAGCUUAAGCGUAUCUAUGGAAAGGAGGAACUGAAUCUAUGAAAGGAGUAUUGUUAAUGAGCCUGGAUGAGAAUGUAAGAUAGGGUAGCUAGCCUCUUUCAUGUGCAUAGAAGCAAAUACUCCUUUUUUAUUAAUAAGUUGUGUUUACUGUGAAGUGCCAUUUGACAUGGCCAAAGCGAUGCAUUCUGUUAUUUUGAGGCAUGAUUAGUUUUGCUGAUAUUGUUUUGGAAGGUAUCUUGGUAAAGAUGUGUGGUUAAUGCUACCUGAAAGAACAGAAUGCGCCCAGGGUUUAAGCUGUUCAAUGCAUGACUGGCAGGGAUGUUUUAUUUAAGGUUUAUUUCGGAUA